CGUGUUCAUUUUUGGAGGGGUGGUCAACUUGCCCGGCCUAAGAAAAGUUGUGAAAUUGCCUGAUGCCUCAGCCGGAAAUACUACGAAAAGUGCUAUCGGCACGAAGGAGGGACCUAUCGGGCACCUAAUCUUACAGUACAUCGGCUGAAAUUUAGGCCGUGCAUUUUGCUGUAAGCAACCGACAGUCAUACCUAUUCCUCCGCCAUCCCACGGAAGAUCGUGGCGCCCUUCAAGGACCCUUGGAAGAAAACUCGCACAACAAAAGAGAAGGCGUUGCAGGAUACCUCUUUCUACACCCAGGGCUCCCUCCGUCGUCUCUGGCAUUCAGCUGUUCCGUCACCAUCGAAUCUCUCCAAGUCAUGGACUCGGCACAGCGACUCAUCACCAUCUCCUGCCACUGCGGCGCCGCAAAGCAGUCACUACCAGCCGCCCGAGGAGACACCCAAGACGUCUUCUCCAACCUGUCAUUCUGCCAUUGUGACACCUGCCGCUACUCGACAGGCCUUCUGUGUACCUCCUACUCACCCGUCUCUCCUCCAUCUACCGCCGGGCUGACGAGCUACUACGUCUCGCCGGCAUCAACCAGAUACUUCUGCUCAACCUGCGGAUGCCACGUUUUCCGCGCCCGACACCCAUCUCCCACCGCGCCCUCCGAUGAAUGGGAGUGGGAGGUAGCCACGGGCACCAUCAUCGACGCACCGGAGCCAAGCCAUACCCCAGAGAAACUUCACCACCAACACACCAACGCCACCAAAGACGGCGGUCUCUCACCCUGGCUCCAAACCCCUCAACCUUGGCACCACACCACUCAACCUACUCCCCCAAACGACAACAACGACACGCUCCUUGCCUCAUGCCACUGCACCUCCAUCACCCUCCUCAUCACCCGGGCCUCCGCCUCCCCGUCCCCAACCCCCAACCCCGACUCCCCCUACCCCGACCUCCUCUUCCCCUACACCACCACCCCUCCCACCACCAUCCUCAACCCCUCCCACGAGAAAUGGUAUCUCCGACCCACCCACCCCAACCCCUCUCCCCCCUCAACCUCCCCCUCCCCAAAGGAAACCCACCACACCACCCCCUACCGCGACCCCUACCGCUACCUAGCAGGGACCUGCGCGUGCCAACCAUGCCGCCUAACCUCGGGCUUCGAGAUCCAGACCUGGGCAUUCAUCCCUCGCCACAACAUCAACAUCGCCAUCAACAUCGCCAACAUCACCGUCAUCGGCAGCACCGGCACCGUCCCCACAACUAAGCCUCCCUCCUCCUCCAGCCCAGAUCACGCCCACGCCCAGUACCAACCACUAGACUUCUCCCACCUACCCGCGGGAGUCCCGCUCAGGAAGUACGAGUCCACUCCCGGCCGGGCGCGCGAGUUCUGCAGCGUGUGCGGCGCGACCGUCUUCUGGCACGACACGUUCCGGCCCGAUCUCAUCGACGUCAGCGCCGGUCUGUUCCGGGCCGACGAGGGGGCGAGGGCGGAGCGGUGGUUGGAGUGGUGGACGGAGCGGGUCAGUUUCUCGGAGGAGGCCGGGAAGGGGCGGGAGGGGGGCGCCAAGGUGUGGGGGGAGGGGGUCAUUGCGGCUUUGGAGGGGGGGUUGAAGGGGCGGCAUCAUCAUCACGAUUAG